UCGGGCCGGGAGGAACGCACGGCAGCGAUGGCGGCUCUUGCGCUCCUGGUGAUCGGUGCGGUGGUGGGGGUGCAGGUUGGCGGCGCGUCGCCACUGGUUGGCGCGUCCUCCGCGUCUAUAGCUGAGGCGGCGACGUAUCUGGCGCGCUACGGCUACUCGUCUUCCAGCCCGAGCGAGGACCGGUCUGGUGCGCUCGUCACGCUCGCCAGCAACAUCGCUGAGUUCCAGCAGUUCGCCGGACUUGAAGUGACAGGUGAACUGAACGACGUCACGCUGGCCAAGAUGCGCCAGCCCCGCUGCGGAGUCAAGGACAAACUGGGGCCGAGCUACCGCGCGCGUCGCCGGAAGCGUUACGCCCUGCAAGGAAGUCGCUGGCGUGUUAAGAAUCUCAGCUACAAAAUCACGAGCUGGCCAAGCAAGCUGCAGGACGAGGAUGGAGUUAGAAAAGCAAUCAGGGAUUCCUUUCAGGCCUGGGAAGAUGUCUCUGCUCUGAAGUUCAAAGAGGUCGCUGCCACUGAGAAGGCAAACAUUGAAAUCAGGUUCGCUGCGGCUGACCACAGCGACGGCGAUCCGUUCGACGGGCCGGGCGGCACGCUGGCACACGCCUUCUUCCCCAUCUACGGAGGCGACGCGCACUUCGACGACGACGAGCAGUGGACAAUCAACCCACGCAGCCGGCGGGGCAUCGACCUCUUCAUGACGGCCGCGCACGAGUUCGGCCACAGCCUGGGCCUCUCGCACUCGUCCGACAAUCAGGCGCUGAUGGCACCCUUUUACAAACCACCCAGCCUCUCCCGCGACGUGAUCAAGGAGGACGACAUAUUGGCUAUUCAGGAGCUGUACGGAAAACCAGCCAGCAUCAAGCCGAAGGUGCCCGCUACGACAGGUGGAGGGGGAACCUCAAGGGACGAAGACAGCAUGACAAAGACUGAAGACGACAGCAUUCUCUGCACAGACAGCUCUGUCGAUGCCAUUUUUACCGUCCCGUCCAACAACCGCACCUACGUCUUCAAAGGAGAAAAUUACUGGCGAUUGACCGAUAAGGGUGUGGAGAAGGACUACCCAAGAAAGAUUGCGGAGGCAUGGGACGGUGCUCCGAACAAUGUUGACGCUGUUCUGACGUUGUCUGGCACUGCAAGGAUCUACUUUUUCAAGGGCUCCGAGUACUGGCGUAUGACAGGAUUUAAAAUGGACGCUGGAUAUCCCAAGAAGAUCUCGGCAGGCUUUAGAGGAAUCGAGGACAACGUGGCUGCCGUCUUCCAAUGGAUACCCAACGGAAAAGUAUACUUCUUCAAGGGCAACCGAUACUGGAGGUACGAUCCCAAGAGUGAGCCCGAGGUGGCCUCCGACUACCCACGACCCAUCAACACGUGGGACGGCAUACCGAACAACAUCGACAGUGUCAUGACGUACAAAAACAAGAGGACCUACUUCUUCAAAGGAAAUGAAUACUACCGAUUCGACGACAUCGACUUCAUGGUGGACGAUAGCUCCAUCCCGUACCCGCGCUCCGUGGCCGCCUACUGGUUCGGCUGCAGCAACCAGCCCUCCAACCUGGUCACGCCGUCCAGCGUCCGCGGCGACAUGGCCUCCGGCGAGGCCGACGGCGACGCCGGUAAAGAAGCCUAAAGGCUGACUCGUGUGCUUCCGCACACUUACAGGUACGAUUUUAUGUUUAAGCCGCACGUGCACCUGAACAUACGUUUGCACGGGAGAGAGCUUAACCCACGUAUUAUAGAAGAACCAGUGAAUGCGGCGCCGAUUUCCACGCACGGGCACGGGCCCCGGCCUCGAGGGCUACGAAGGUUCUGUGCUGUCAUCAAACUUUACUAUUAACAGCAUGACCUCUGCACAGCGGGCUGGGAAGGCUCGUGCCCAGACUUUCAGGAAUGUAGCAUUGCACCUGGGGCACUGCAUGGACGUGAACGAGUACCCUACCAUUAAUAACGAAAAUGAUGCAACCAACCCAUUUUGAGCCGUGCUUCCGAGGUAGAAAAGUAUUCCUUGCAUUCGUUGCACGCUUAACACUCGCGCACGUUUUUACAUGUACCUGUGCACUUACCAUUGUUUGACGGGAGGUGGUUAAUCUCGUUUGCGUUGAUUGUCUCAGCAAUGCACUAGCUUUUCUCUUUUCUUCGGCUUCUGUUUAAUCGUAUUGCAAUUUUGGUGCCGCCUUACGAGCGUUGUCGAAAACCAUCUUCAAAAUCGUGUCGAACCGACUGGGAGCGUCCAGUGAGGGCCGGACAUGGCCUUGCGAGGCGGGCAAUAUUUUUGCCCCGGUCCGUGCCCGCCGACUGUGGGGAUGUGGCCCCAGAACGCGUGGGGUGCGCUGGGGAGGCGACCGUGCCCGUGCCCGCUGACCGCGGGGUCCCCUGGGGAGG